UAUAUAUCCACUUACAUAGCAAAAUCACCAUGAGUGGUAGUUCAUCUAAUAAUCAUAUGCACAACAUUGAAGAGAAACCUUCCUCUUCUCCCUCAUCAACAUUGAAGCUUUUUGGUUUCUCAUUAACACCAUCUAAAACCGUUCCUUGUCAUAACAAGAAAUUCAUAUGCCACUUCUGUCGCCGCGAAUUUUCCAAUUCUCAAGCAUUAGGCGGCCAUCAAAAUGCUCACAAGAGAGAACGCCAAAGAGCGCAUUUUCAUUCCAUUCUUCCACAUCAUCAACGCUUCGUACCAUGUUCACCUUAUCGUCCUAUGAUAGCACCACAUGGAGCACCAAGAGUAGUGUUUUUGCAUCCACGCCGCCAGUCACCGGAUGCAAUAUGGAAUAGACAACAUUAUGAAGAGGAGCCUAAUGAGAAUCCUUUGAAUGCAACAACAUCCACAAAUAAUGAACCUUCCAUGCAAGUACACAAUAAUAUUAUUGAUGGUGAUGUUGAUCUUAACUUGACUCUAGCUUGUGCACCUUUAAACUCCAAGGACAAAGAGUUUGGAAGGGAGUGAACUCGAAUUUAGACAAAUAUGCUAUCUUCUCCUUUUUGUGCACUUUAAUUUUUCUCGUGCUUAGUUUUGGAAACGGAUUUACUGUUGUAACUGCGCUCACACAGUUAUAGUAUGAACC